AUGGCUACCACGGCUAUGGAUUAUGAGAACGCAGCCGGCGAUCGCUUCGAAGAGGAAGCUCCUCGUUACGAUCGUGAUCGCAGUGCGUCGCCGCGCCGUGAUGACGGCCCUGACUUGUCUCGCCGCCGUUCGCUUUCGCCUCAUCCGCAUGAACGCUCUGCUCCUAAGGACGAUUCCAACAACAGGGAUGAUGAUGGCGCGAUCAACCCUGGAUCCAACCUCUUUGUCACCGGCAUCCAUCCCAAGCUGACUGAAGCUGAGGUUACGCGCCUCUUUGAGAAGUAUGGCGAGGUCGAGAAAUGCCAGAUCAUGCGCGACCCGCACAGCAAGGAAUCCCGUGGCUUUGGCUUUGUCAAGAUGGUCACGUCCGACAUGGCCGAUGCGGCUAAGGAAGGUCUGCAGGGUGAGGUCAUAGAGGGCCGCACCCUGAGCAUUGAGAAGGCCCGCCGUGCUCGUCCCCGCACCCCAACUCCGGGCAAGUACUUCGGACCACCGAAGCGAGACGCUCGUCCCGGUGAUCGAUUCAACAACCGCUUCGAAGACCGUCGCCGUGGUGGGUACGGUGGCGGUGGCGGCGGCGGAUCUUACGGCCGCGACGACCCCUACCGCUACCGUGGCGGUCAGCGCGAGGAUCGCGGCGGCGGGUAUGACCGAGGCUACGACCGAGGCUACCGUGACGAUCGUGGGUAUGAUCGUCAGUAUCGUGAUGACCGCAGCUACGAUCGCCGUGACCGUGACGAAGGCGGCUAUGGUGGCGGCCGUGCUGAUCGCUAUGGUGCUGGCCGUGAGGACCGCGGCGGUGGUGGUGAGCGCGGUGGUGGCGAGCGUUAUGGAGGUCGUGGCGAAGACCGCCGUGGCGGCCCAGGGCCCGACCGUGAGCGAUUUGACCGCAGCGACCGCGAUGCUCGCCCCCGCGAUGCUGCCCCUGCUGGCGGAUACGGCGAGGCUGCUCCCCGAGCUGAGGCGCGAGAACCAUAUGGCGGUAUGCCUUGA